CUUAACUGAAAUAGUCUACCUCAAUCCACCACCUGCUGCAUUUCCGGUGCUCUACCGCUCACUGCCACUGCGAACUCGCUCUACGUUGCCUGUAGUCAUCGACAGACCUCGUACUCGCAGUAUCUGACAUGGCACCAGCGCAUCCUCCAGUGCGAGUGAUAGUCCGCCUACCGUACAACAGACCCGAGGACCCGCCUCCUGACCCUCCUCGAGUAGAAUGGAACGCCGAGAAGGAGCAGAUCCUCCUCGAGGUCAUUGCUAAAUCGCGCGCGAUCGAAGGAGCGGGCACCGAUUGGCAGGGCCUCGCUGCGCACCUUCAAGUUCCGUUGCCCUACCUUCUGUACCGCGCUGAGAUACGCUACGAAGAAGGCCUCCGUGGCCUCCGCCUUCAAGGCGUCCGUAGCUCCACGGCAUCCGGUGUCGUCUUCCCCUCUGCUCAACACCUUGUGGGAAACCCGCCGCCCGGUCACCCCACAGUGACGAAUGAGUACUUUCCACGUAUCCCCGAAGUGGCCUCCCGACGCAUGUUAGGUACCGCCACGCCAACGCGGCCACUCGGUGUCCGUGCCCGUCUCAGCUCGCUAGGUAGCCAGCGCGCGCGGCUAAGCUCUAUGGGACGCCAGCCAAGUCAACGGUCCGUAUCUCACGCUAUGGAGACGAGUUCCCGUAUGUCUGGUGCACUGACAACGCCCACACGGCCGACCAAGAAGGUUUCGUCGUCAUCCACUCUCACGCUGCAGGGUAUGCGGAGAAGCCGUGGCAGCCCUCAUCGUCCGCUCUCGCCAACGUUCUCACCGGCAUACGGGGCGGAGUCGGGCGAUCACGCGAACGGGCUUGGAGACGACGAGCAUAGCGAUGAGAGCGAGGAUGAAGAGGAGGCGCGGAAAGAAGAGGAGGAAGACCGGAAGGCGGAGGAGCAAGAGGCCCUUGAGCGGAAGCUGAAGGAGCUGCAGCUCAUGAUGACGAAGGAUGCGCUCGGACUGGUUUCGUCCACUAGCAAGGACAAAGGAAAGGCACAGAUGCAGGACCGCGGGCGUGCGGGACCUCUUUCGUAUUCCUCUGCAUACUACCCGGGCGCUCAACAACGCACGUCGAGGAGUCAGCAAAGCCUCUCGAGUAUGAGCUCGCGCUCGGCGCAGGGCUCUAUCCCGUCUAUUCCCUCGUCGCCGCGGAAUCUGCAGGUGGUCACCAAUUGGCGUUCACACCCGGACAACCGUGCAUCAUCCAGCGCGAAUACAUACGAAGAGCCAUUAUCUCCUCCACCAUCGUCCUCACGUCUCACUUCACCGAUUCCGCGUCACUUCAGCCCACCGGAUAAGUCGGGCAGCCCACCAGCAAUCUCGACUGGGCGGGCGUAUGGGCAGACGCACGUGCGGACUUUGGCAAGCACUUCUGAAAGGACAGACAGUCCAGGGUGGCGGAUGGACUUGGGCUCUGCGGGUAACACGCAGCAUAGCGCGCUCAGUGAGCAAGGAAGCCAAGCGUCGAGCUUCAGCGACUUGAGCGAUGCAAGUCUGUCGGCAUCUGCAUUCGAGAGUGCGAGUGCAUUGAUGUCGCGGGGCGCGGGUGGGUCGCGACUCUCGUCCUUGUUCCGGAGCAAUAUAGCAGGGCGACGCACUGGUCGGUAAC